AAACACGUUAGUUGCGACCUUGAAAUAUUGGGUUCGUCUUUUCGUCAGUUGCACCCUUGAUUUUACAUUCGAGUUAUGGCACUUAAAUAAAGCAUCCAAUCAACCCAUAAGGAUGCCUGAAGACAAUGAAAGAAGAGCCUGUUAUAUACGGAAAAUUCUGUUUUCGUCACAGGAAUCAAAGAGAUGUAAUGCUUUUGAUGUUGACUCUAUUCUUAGUGAAUACGCGGAGUUGGUCGAUAAUAUGAAAAAUGGUAAAUAAUGGAAGUUCUGUUCAUCAUGUAGGAAUUAACAAUUACGCUGAGGGUGCACUUAAGCUUGCUGAAGGGUGUAGAAAUGAGAGUAACCAUUGGCGCAGUGCACUGACUGUUGAUAUGGCCUUGAACACAUUAGAAGGAGUUACAGUUGAUCAGUCAUGUACUUUUCCUAGGCAGUCAAUACCUAAUGAUUUUGAUGUCGCCAAGUUUUGUAGUGCUCUGUCGCGAUUGUUUGAGGAGGAAAAUCCUAUUAAACCGACUUGUGAACCAGUCAAGAAUCCAGUCCAACACAUUUCAGAUAUCGGUGUUAAACGCUCUUCUUCGACAGAUUUCGACAAAAGUUACUCCUCUCCUAAAAGACAUUUUGACAACUCAGACAAUAACAACUAUUAUAAGAAAUCAAAUAACAGCAAUAGUACUAUUGAGACUGAAUCUGAACCAACUUUGUUUCAAACAGCAGGAUCCUUACUGGAACAAAAUAUAAAAUCAAAACAGACUGGGAACAGCAAUAAAGUAUCCUUGAUGUAUGGCUCUUCCAAACGAUCUUUAGGGAAUCGUCGUGGUGUCCGCAGUAAUUUUGUCCCACCAUUUGAGAAGAAUGCAGAUCCUCUUUCAGCAUCAUCUGAUGCUAAUAUAGAGUACAAAUCGGAAUCACCUUGUGAUGAACGACUAAAACAGUUUGAUCAAAAAAUAGUGGAUAUGAUCAUGAGUGAGAUUAUGGAAUCAAAGAGUUCAAUUGGAUGGGAUGAUAUUGCUGGACUUGAAUUUUCUAAGAAAACAUUACAAGAAAUUGUAAUACUUCCAAUGCUUAGGCCAGACCUUUUCGUAGGACUUCGUGGGCCCCCAAAGGGUUUGCUUCUUUUUGGCCCACCUGGGACUGGUAAGACUCUGAUCGGCAAAUGUAUCGCUUCACAAAGCAACUCAACAUUUUUCAGUAUAAGCGCAUCUUCUCUCACUUCAAAAUGGGUUGGGGAAGGUGAGAAAAUGGUUCGCGCACUGUUUGCCAUUGCUCGUGUUCACCAACCUGCAGUCAUAUUUAUCGACGAAGUUGAUUCUUUGCUUACGCAGCGUUCUGAAACCGAGCAUGAAUCAAGUAGGCGGAUCAAAACAGAAUUUCUAGUACAGUUGGACGGGAUCACAACAAGUGAAAACGAACGCAUUCUUUUCGUUGGUGCUACAAAUAGACCUCAAGAACUUGACGAGGCUGCUCGACGAAGAUUCGUUAAACGUUUGUAUAUCCCGUUACCUAGCAGAGAUGCACGGAAGCAAAUAGUUCAGAGGUUAUUACGACAAAAUCAUCACAGACUGAAAGAAACCGACUUUUGGGACAUUGCUGACCGCGCCGAUGGUUAUUCGGGCGCAGACAUGGCGAACCUCUGUCGCGAAGCUGCAAUGGGACCGAUACGCUCAUUGAGCAUCGAAGCAAUACAGCACAUAGCGUGUGAAGAAGUUAGGCCAGUCGAACUCACUGACUUUUAUGCUGCCUUCCGACAGGUCAGAGCCAGUGUAUCAUGUGAUGAUUUGGAGCAAUACCUGAAGUGGAAUAGUCAAUAUGGAAGUUUUGAUGCCUAAAUAAACUUAAUUUGGAUAAGCAGGUCAGCUGAAACUUGUUUGAAGUUGAUCUGUUCAAACGCUGUUUUAUUUAUGUACACGCUGAUGAUAUUAAUAAAGUAUUUCAAGUAAUGAG